AGGCGAGAUGCAUCAUUUAGAAAUUGGUUUGCUCCCAACAACCGCAUCCUGUUAUAAACGCUCGGCUUCAGAAAAUGACGUUGCAUAAUGAUUAUAUACCCGUUAUCAUUCAGGAGUUUCUAAUGCUUUCUCACAAGCUAAUCGGUGCUGUUGAAAAUAAGUUAUAACACCGCUGUUACUGAAACAACUCAAUUUCAACACGUAAUUGAAAAAAAGAAGACAUGCUUUCGGGAUUAUUUUUGUCUAAAUGAGGUGAAGGUAUCAUCAGCCUCAUCAAUGAGAUUCUAGAAUUGGAACCCUAGUUCCAUCUUUCCGUCAUGGGAGUUCUACGAUCAUUCACGUUUUCAUUGCUGCUCUGUGGCCUGAUUAGAAACACUACAUGCUCCUGUAAUGUGACGGACUGCUUCACAGACUACAUCAGCUCAUUGAGCUGCUUCUGCACCGGCGCCCUGCCUUCCUCCCAGUACGAGCUGCUAACUCGGUGGGAUAACUACCCGUGGAAUUCAAGCUGCAGACUGGAGCCUGUUGAAAGCGGUUCUGUGGCAAGGCACUGGUGUGUUAUGAGUAUGGAGGAUCUUUUAACAAAUCAGAAUUACACUGUGUGUGUGCAGAAGGUCAGCAGCGAGCAAGAGGAGGAACGCACAGGGUGUGCCUAUGUGAGCAUUGCGGAGAACAUAAAACCACCACCGCCUUUUAACCUUGGACUAACAAGUGACAAGAAGGGUUACAAUAUCUCCUGGGAGAUGAUCUACACUGAGGAGGACUUCCUGAACGAUGAGCUGGAGUACGAGGUGCGCUACAAGAAGGAGGAGCAAUUGUGGGAGAGCCAAACUAAAAAACAUUUAGAGGAGGACCAGAGAAACAUAUUCCUGCCGUUAGACAAACUGGAGGACUGUGCGAUGUAUGUUGCUGAAGCCCGGGCCGGACCCAAAAUAAGCAGUGGCUAUUCUGGUUCCUGGAGCGAGUGGAGUCUGCCGGUCACUUGGAAGACUCAGUGUAAAGGGAGGCUGUGGUACGAGAUCUACGCAGUGAUGGCUGUGUUGGUGCUGCUGCUUGCAGUGGGGCUCUCAGUCGGAAUUAGAACAAAAGGGCUGCAGAAGAAGCUGUGUUGCCUCAUCCCCAGCCCGGAGGAUUUCUUCAAGCCACUCUAUGUUCUCCACUCAGGGGACUUCAAGAGCUGGGUCAGCCCUGCCUACACAUUUUCAGCGUUCGACUUUGCUGAGAAGAACAUGGCAGUUGCUGUCGUGAGCAUCCAGCAGGACUUCCAUAAGAAGCUGUGCGAGAUUGAGGAGGAGAGCUCAGGCAAGCGCUCGGGGGAACAAGGCAGGAGCAGGGACUCCAAACUCUAUUUCUCCAGUGGAAGCGUCACGACUGACCAGAGGGACAAAUCCACGGGCCAUGUUUCCAUCGACACAGUUACGGUCUCUGACGAAGACAGGCUGUGCUGUCCUCAGUAUCAUGAAUCUGAAGAACAGGAAGCCUACAGGGGCAGCGGCGUCAGCUUGGACUACCCAUCUGCUGGGGAUCUAGAUGGCUCCAGCAGCUCCGAGGAGGACAGUCUGCUGGGUAGCAGGAGGGGCGGCGUGAUCAUCUCAUCCGGCUGCGUGUCAGUGGAUCAAAGGAGAAGCCACGAGGCAAUGAACCCAAUGCAGUCGCCAACUCUUAGGCAACUCUAUCACUCCAAUGAUUGGGAGCCCGAGCCUGGAAACCUGUACCCUCAGCGUGACGCAGAGAGCCUCUCGCUUGAUUCUUUUGCCUCCAAUGUUCGAUCCGAAGAGGAGUAUGGAUACCCAAGAAUAGACCUGGACACUAUCGACAGUGGGUUCGUGGAAUCGGACUGCAGCAGUCCAGUGGAGUCUGAUUUUGACAGCAAGGGCCAAGUGAAUUGCCCCAUUUUAAGAGAUGAAGACCACUCAACGAACUAUGUGAAACAGUGGGUUGCGUACACGGCCAUGACAUCAGAUGAUGGCUGUUCUUCCAGUUAAAACAGGACAAUAGUCUUUCAUUUUCAAAACAGCAUCUCGUGGUGAGGAGAUUGCAAUGGCCCUGCUCUUGAAUUGUCUCGGGUAGUCCUGUUUCUGAACACGAUGGUUCAUGGUGUACCAGUGACAAUAAAUAGGUCACAGACAAACUACAAAUACUAGUUUGAACUUGAGUGUUUUAUUUGAUCACACUUGGAUUUUAUUGCCAUGGUCAUGAACUUGAACCAUGGACUAACCACGGACAGAAUUACCGUAAGAGAACAGUGAAGACUAUUGAUACCCUAGAAUGACUCUGCCUGACCAUGAAAACAAAGAGCAUCAUGCUCUGGGUAUUAUAAUGAUCACAGUCCUGUCUGCCGUAUGUGCCAGCUGUAGGAAAUCAAGAAAAAUAACAUUGUUUGUCAGAUUUACUUUAUGAACAACAUACUUAUUACUUGGUCUUACUAACACAUGUUUACAGGAGUAUAAAAUUGAUAUUUUAGAAGCGAAUGAGUGCUUGGCCUUCUGACUCAAAUGCAUAUGCAUUACGUGUAAUCUGGUGUCUGUGUAUAGCCUGUAUUUAUAGUUUUAAUAUCAGUUCUGCAGCAGUUAAUGUACACUGACACAAACAAACUUUCAUAUUACACUAGAAGAAAAAGAGAAAUGCUGUCGUACAGUAGCUGUCCACCAGUGAAUGAUGUGAAUUAAACUUCUUCUGGAGGUCUCUUAGUCCCUCAUGAGUACUGUACAAGUAGUGUUUGAGUCUACAUCAGUUCUGAAAUGUAAGGAUCAUCGCUCGUUCUGCAGCAGGUCGCCUUGGCCAUUGACACUUUGGCAUGGAACUGUUUGUUCAGAAAGCUCUAGACAGUUGUAGUAUUCAAUUGUAGUUGUAAUGUAGUCAGAUAUAGUGUAUCCUUUACAUUCAAAACACAUACAUUUGAUCAGAUUUUAAUUGAAAAACACUGACAUUUUUUUUUUCAAUGUAGACGUCCGUCCAUAUAUCUGUUAUGGAAUGUUGAUCAAAAUGUAUAUUAUGAUUUGUGAACAUGCUGUAUACUACAUUUUUGUUUUAAGAAAUACAAUUCUGACCUACCAUAGUAAUGUUAAGUAUUAAGUGCAAUGUCUUCUCAUUUGUAAAAUGUCAAUAAAAGUGGA